CCGAGCACCCGAAAGGCCGAGCGUCAGUGGGACCGAACGCCCGAGAGGCCGAACACCCGAACGGCCGAGCAGUAGUGGGACCGAGCGCCCGAACGGCCGAGAGGCCGAGCACCCGAAAGGCCGAGCGUCAGUGGGCCCGAACGCCCGAAAGGCCGAGCGCCCGAACGCCCGAAAGGCCGAGCUCCCGAACGCCCGAACGCCCGAAAGGCCGAGCUCCCGAACGCCCGAACGUCCGAGCGGCCGAGCCGGUCCUUAGCCCCUUCCCGAGGGCGCGGCUGCCGGGCUGUCCGGGGUCCUCCCGCCGCCCGUGCCCCCUCCCCGGGGACCGAGCCUGUGCCUGGGGGAGGACGAUGUGGCAGUAGCGGCCAUGCUGCCCUUCCUCUUGGCCGCACUGGGCUCGGCCGGUGCCACCUGCAAGGCUCCGGGCUGCGGAGGCGGCGGAGGCGGCAACAACACGAAGGACUAUUGCUACAGCGCUCGGAUCCGCAGUACCGUGCUGCAGGGGCUGCCCUUCGGGGGAGUGCCCACCGUCCUCGCCCUCGACUUCAUGUGCUUUCUGGCGCUCCUGUUUGUGUUCUCUAUCCUGCGCAAAGUAGCCUGGGACUACGGGCGCCUGGCCCUGGUGACCGACGCUGACAGGCAGAGACGCCAGGAGAGGGAUCGCGUGGAGCAGGAAUACGUGGCCUCGGCGAUGCACGCGGACAGCCACGACCGCUACGAGCGUCUCACCUCCGUCUCCAGCUCCCUGGACUUCGACCAGAGGGACAACGGUUUCUGCUCCUGGCUGACAGCCAUCUUCAGGAUAAAGGACGACGAAAUCCGGGAUAAGUGCGGGGCGGACGCCGUCCACUACCUGUCCUUCCAGCGCCACAUCAUCGGGCUCCUGGUGGCCAUAGGGGUCCUCUCCGUGGGCAUCGUGCUGCCCGUCAACUUCUCGGGGGACCUGCUGGAGAACAACGCCUACAGCUUUGGCAGGACGACGAUAGCCAACCUAAAUUCUGGGAACAACCUAUUGUGGCUGCACACCUCGUUCGCCUUCCUGUACCUGCUGCUGACCGUCUACAGCAUGCGGCGUCACACCUCGAAGAUGCGCUACAAGGAAGACGACCUGGUAAAGCGCACCCUGUUCAUCAACGGCAUUUCCAAGUAUGCAGAGUCCGAGAAGAUCAAGAAACACUUUGAGGAGGCCUAUUCGAAUUGUACAGUGCUAGAGGCUCGGCCCUGCUACAACGUGGCCAGACUCAUGUCUCUGGACGCCGAGAGGAAGAAGGCCGAGCGGGGGAAGCUGUACUUCACCAACCUGCAAAGCAAGGAGAACGUCCCAGCCAUGAUCAACCCCAAACCCUGCGGUCACCUCUGCUGCUGCGUCGUCCGUGGCUGCGAGCAGGUGGAGGCCAUCGAGUACUACACACAGCUGGAGCAGCGUCUGAAAGAAGACUACAAGAAAGAGAAGGAGAAAGUGAAUGAGAAGCCCUUGGGCAUGGCCUUUGUCACAUUCCACAACGAGACCGUCACCGCCAUAAUCCUGAAAGACUUCAACGUCUGCAAGUGUCAGGGCUGCAAGUGCCGAGGGGAGCCCCACUCCUCCUCCUGCAGCGAAUCCCUCCACAUCUCCAACUGGACGGUCACCUACGCCCCCGACCCUCAGAACAUCUACUGGGAGCACCUGUCGAUCCGUGGCGUGGUCUGGUGGCUCCGGUGCCUGGUCAUCAACGUGGUCCUCUUCAUCCUGCUCUUCUUCCUCACCACACCCGCCAUCAUCAUCACCACCAUGGACAAGUUCAAUGUCACCAAGCCCGUGGAAUACCUCAACAACCCCAUAAUCACCCAGUUCUUCCCUACGUUGCUGCUGUGGUGUUUCUCUGCCCUGCUUCCUACCAUCGUAUACUAUUCAGCCUUCUUCGAGGCUCACUGGACACGCUCGGGGGAGAACCGGACGACAAUGCACAAGUGUUACACUUUCCUCAUCUUCAUGGUGCUGCUACUACCCUCUCUGGGGCUGAGCAGCCUCGACGUUUUCUUCCGCUGGCUCUUUGACAAGAAGUUCCUGGCCGAAGGGGCCGUGCGGUUUGAGUGCGUGUUCCUGCCGGACAACGGCGCCUUCUUCGUGAACUACGUGAUCGCGUCGGCCUUCAUCGGCAACGCCAUGGACCUGCUGCGCAUCCCCGGGCUGCUCAUGUACAUGAUCCGCCUCUGCCUCGCGCGUUCCGCCGCCGAGAGGCGCAACGUCAAGCGGCACCAGGCCUAUGAGUUCCAGUUCGGCGCGGCCUACGCUUGGAUGAUGUGUGUCUUCACAGUGGUCAUGACCUACAGCAUCACCUGCCCCAUCAUCGUCCCCUUCGGGCUGAUGUACAUGCUGCUGAAGCACCUGGUGGACAGGUACAACCUCUACUACGCCUACCUGCCCGCCAAGCUGGACAAGAAGAUCCACUCGGGAGCCGUGAACCAGGUGGUGGCCGCUCCCAUCCUCUGCCUCUUCUGGCUGCUGUUUUUCUCCACCAUGCGCACAGGGUUCCUGGCUCCCACAUCUAUGUUCACAUUCGUCGUUCUGGUCAUCACCAUCGUCAUCUGCCUCUGCCACGUCUGCUUUGGCCACUUCAAAUACCUCAGCGCCCACAACUACAAGAUCGAUCACACUGAAAUCGACUCCACCGACACCAGGGGCAACGGGCGGCCCCCGUCCAGCAUCGCUGUCCCCAAAUCUGCGAAGUACAUCGCUCAGGUGCUGCAGGACUCCGGCUCCGAGGGGGACGGGGAGGGGGCCGGGGCGGAGGCCGGGCCGGGGCCCGCGGCCCCCCGAGACGAAGCCCCCUCCCAGGACGAGGAACUGCUGCUGCGGCAGCCCGACGCCCUGACAGACACGGACUUCCAGUCAUGUGAAGACAGCCUCAUCGAAAACGAGAUCCAUCAGUAG